AUGGUCUGCACCACCACCUUUCAGCUGAACACGGGCCACCAAUUCCCGGCAGUGGGCCUGGGAACAUGGCAAGGCAAAGGAACAAUUGAUGACGAGAACGCACUCGAGUCCUCCAUCAUCCACGCGCUCCAGUCAGGAUACCGCCUCGUCGACACCGCACAACUUUACGGUACAGAGCACGUCGUCGGCCGUGCCAUCCGCAACUCGGGCGUCCCCCGCUCUGAGAUCACCGUCGUCACCAAGUUCUGGGGCCACUGGCACCACGAUCCCGCCGCCGCCCUCAGGAUCUCGCUUGAGGAGCUGGACAUUGAGUACAUUGAUGUCUUCCUCAUGCACUGGCCGUGGGCGACGGCGCCCGAUCGGAAGCCGCUCCGCAAAGACGAGAGCCCGACGUUCAAGGAGACGUGGACCAUGAUGGAGAGUCUGGUCGGCGACAAGUGUAGGGCGAUUGGUGUCAGCAACUUUACGCAAAAGACGCUGGACGAGCUGGCGGAGACGGCCAAGGUCACCCCUGCGAUCAACCAGGUUGAGCUGCACGCAUUGAACCCGAACCACAAGCUGGUCGAGUACUGCCAUGAAAAGGGCAUUGUCGUCAUGAGCUGGGCGACCCUCGGCGGCGGUGGAGACAGCGACACGAAAGAGGUCAUCCUCGGCCACGAGCUCUUCAAGACCAUUGCCCAGGCGCACGGUUGCUCCACGGGCGUCGUUUCGCUCUCGUGGGCUGUGCAGCGCGGCAUCAACGUCAUCCCAAAGAGUGGCAGCCACGACCGCAUCGAGGAGAACAUUUCCCUAGUCACCUUGACUGAUGAGGAAAUGGACAAGAUCAACAAUGCCCACAAGACCAUCAAGUCGUAUCGCCUGGCCAAAGGCAUUCAGGGUCUCCGGAUGAAGGUCGACGGAAAGGACUCGCUGCAAAUGUGGACGUGGCAGGACUUUGGGUGGGAGGAUGAGAGUGGCAACUGGCUGACAUAG